GCGGGCGGACUCGCACCAACACGCUUUGGUUCCUUUCUCGGUCCUUUUCUGUCAAGUUGUCAAGUGAGGCAAACAAAGUUUGGAGCUGCUGAAGAGGGGCUUCUGCUGACCGGACGUUCAGGCAAACAGAUGUGACAACAGGGCAGAGUCCAACAAAAGAGGAUCCCUCACUGAGCACUUUGAUGAUCACCUUGUGGGUUUUCCUGCUGAAGUCAUGUACCAAGUAGUACCAGGAGGAGCGGGGGGCACAAUCACAGAUGUUAUUCCCAAGCAGAAACACAGCAAGGACACUCGACCCUUAGUCGGACAUGGAGUAAUCUGUCUGGUGCUGGUGAUUGCUGCGAUGACUGCGUGGUGUUAUUACAUCGCCUCUCUCCGCAAAGCUGAGCUGCUGAAGACUCAGCUUCUGGAUCUGAAUAAGGACGGCUACAUCAUCCGCAACCAAGGAGGAUCAAUUGUUUUCAGAAUGGAUUUCAGGUCAGGGACCCUUGAUUUGGAUUCCUGCACAAAAGAAGGAGAGCUUCUGAGCUGUGGACGCACCACCGAUCGAAAACUGAACUUCUUUAUUGAGACGGUACGACCCAAAGACACCGUGCAGUGCUACCGUGUACGCUGGGAGGAACUUGUUCCUGACAUUUCUGUCGAACAUGCCAUGACAUACAAGUUUGCACAUUGGUACGGUGGUGCCGUGUCAGCUAUCCAACACUGGCCGAUCUCCAUUUCCGGCCAGCAGUCUCCAAAACCCUUUGUGACCAGCGACAUCUACUCAAACCGCAAUGAAUUUGGUGGCAUCCUGGAGAGUUACUGGCUGUCAUCAAACGCCACUGCAAUCAAGAUCAACAACUCGGUGCCCUUUCACCUGGGCUGGAAUGACACAGAGAAGACCAUGUACUUCCAGGCGCGGUACAAUGACAGUCCCUUUAAGCCAAACCCAGGGGAGCCGCCGUGUGCUGAACUGAGCUACAGGGUUUGUGUAGGCUUAGACGUCACAUCCAUACACAAGUACAUGGUCCGCAGAUACUUCAACAAACCAAACAAAGUGCCUGCCAAAGCCAUGUUUCAUCACCCUAUUUGGUCGACUUGGGCUUUACAUAAAACUGACAUUGAUCAAAAGAAGUUCCUCGCGUAUGCUGCCAACAUCCGCAAAUACAACUUCAACUGUAGCCACCUGGAGCUGGACGAUCGCUACACAAAACGCUAUGGGGAAUAUGAGUUUGACCCAGUGAAAUUCCCCAAUGCCUCAUCUAUGUUUCAAAAGCUGAAGGCAGAUGGUUUCUUGGUGUCUCUCUGGAUUCACCCUUUUGUUAACUAUGACUCCGAAAACUUCCAGAACUGUGUAGAAAGGGGCUUGUUUGUAAGAGAACCCACAGGCCAGCUGCCUGCGCUGGUGCGUUGGUGGAACGGCAUCGGCGGAAUUUUGGACUUCACAAACCCAGAAGCUCGUGAUUGGUUUUCCUCCCAGCUGCGUUCGCUGCGCUCCAGGUAUGGGGUGUCCUCCUUUAAAUUUGACGCAGGAGAGACUAACUACUUACCGUGGAAAUUCAGCACUCGGACGCCCAUUCGCGAUCCAAGUUUCUUCACGAGACGUUACACAGAAAUGGCAAUUCCCUACAAUGACAGAGCAGAGCUGCGCAGCGGUUACCAGUCCCAGAACAUAUCCUGCUUCUUCAGGCCCAUUGACCGAGACUCUGUGUGGGGCUACGAGUUGGGUCUCAAAUCUCUCAUUCCCACAGUGCUCACCAUCAGCAUUCUGGGAUAUCAGUUCAUACUACCAGACAUGAUCGGCGGGAAUGCCUAUCUGAACCACACAGAUGGAAACCGGGUGUUACCCGAUCGGGAGCUCUAUAUCCGCUGGUUGGAGCUGUCCGCCUUCAUGCCCUCCAUGCAGUUCUCCGUCCCACCGUGGGAAUACGACAACGAGGUAGUCGCGAUUGCUCGGAAAUACACGGCGCUGCACGAAAGCAUUGUGGCGCCGCGGGUCCUUGAGCUGGCUGGCGAGGUGCUGGACACCGGGGACCCAAUCAUACGUCCCCUGUGGUGGAUUGCCACAGGCGAUGAGACAGCCUAUAAAAUAGACUCCCAGUUCCUGAUUGGGGAUGACCUCAUGGUUGCCCCCGUUUUAGAGCCCGGAAAGCAAGAACGUGACAUCUACCUCCCAGCCGGCCACUGGAAAAGCUACAAGGGGGAGAGAUUUGAUAUCAAGGAGCCGCUGCACCUCACAGACUAUCCAGUGGACUUAGAUGAAAUUGCCUACUUUGUUUGGGUGUAGCAGGAAGGAAACACUACACUUGAUCAGUUCUCUAGUUGGGCUAUCCUGUGAGAAAAAGCUUCAACUUUAAUGCCUGAAAUAUGAACUUCUGUCUGUUUUUUUAAGCUAAAUUUGAAAAGGUUUACAUGAAUUUAUUAACAUUUAAGCUCAUAUUACUUAACAAACCUCAAUAAGCUUCACUAUAAAAUCUUGAGAGGCUCAUUAAAGUUUAUUAUUUAAUGUAAUUAUUCUGUCUUAUUUUAGGUUUUAAUCACUCCAUCAAGAUAUUGCUUUAAAAUUUAAUGUAAUAUCCUGGCAGAAGAUAACCAAGUGGCCUUAAAAGUGAUAAUAUGCUACCUUUCCUUCACAGCCAUAGAAAACUAACGCAGGAAUAAUGGAAUAGACAACAAAUUGAUCAGAGAAUACUCAGGUGUCUGUUUUUGUAACAGCCAUGUUAGUUGUAAUUCCAGGCUGUAGUCAGGCUGUCAGUCAUAAAAAUAAUUUAAUUCAGUAACUAAUGUUCAGUGUUUGAAGUUGUAUUUUCUUUUUAAAGGUUUCCAUUAUGUGCUUUUGAAACAUUUGUUAAAAAGGGAAUGAACAAACUGUGAAUUGAUUGAGGCGUGGGUGCCAGAGUAUGCCAUGUAGCGCUUCUAUUUUUGAGUCUCUCUCUGUACUUUGAAUUUCAACUUCAGCCACAUGGACUGGGCCGUGGGAGGACAACUGAGGCUGCAUGGUUAUUGCAGCUGAGCAGAUGGAAGGCUGAAUGAAAUCUUGAUAUCUCCACCUGUCCCGUGACACGGGCGUCUGACAUCUUCAUCUGUUCUGGAUGCUCUUCAGGAACUCAAGGUUUAAUGCUUCACUUGUUAGGAUGAAUGCUUGAGGUUUAAUCAUUACAAACCGCGUGUGCUCUCAUUUGUGUAACACAGUGUCAUGUAACUACUCUUAGCCCAGGAGAAGAAGACGCCUUUUUAUUAGGCUCUAAAUUUUUAAUGCUCUUCCUCAGGUAACCGCUUCCUGCAGCCGUGGAGGAUUUAAAGGGUCUGGUAACUAAUUUUUAAUGUUGAAAUGCAGCUAAUUAGAGUUUGUGGUAUAUUUCUGUCUGUUAAAUGUAUGAUAAAACUAAAAGGAAAAACAAAUGACAUUACCUCCAGGCCAAUGUUAAGUGUUUUGAACUUAGUCUUCAAAUUAAGUGGUACAGUGUGUUUUUUGUCAGCCUGAUUUCUUGUUUUUUUUUUUUUUUUUUUUACAUGAAUAUUUUAACUGCAGUGAUGCCUGCCUGGUGAUGCAUGCAUUGCAUUUUUACGCUUUUAUUAAUAUAAUGCAAUACUUUUGGUGAUUGGGAUCCCCCAAAUGUCCUGUAACAUGAUACCUCUUGUUUUAUAUGUGCUUUAUGUAUUAUUUCACUCCAGUUCUUAAAUUGUACGACAUAAACUUCUAUUAUCCGGCCAUAAAACAGAUAUUGAUGUCGCAUUAAACUAGGGAGCCAUGAGGCAAGCAUAUUCCACUUGUCUUCCAAAGCAUAUCUGUGCUGAUAGUGUGGGUCAUUUUAAUCUAUGUUCCAAAUGUAUCAGUCUCAGAU